CCAUCUUCUCAUCACACAGAAGCAAAGGGAAGACCAUGGCUCCCAAAUCAUCCUUUCUCUCUCAACAGCCCUCCAAAGAUAAGAAUGAGAGUGAAGAAUCAUCCUCAGAGGAAGAAGAUGAUGGGAGAGAAGAAUCAGGGCCCCAAUCUUCCGAGACAGAUUCGUCCGACGACGAAACGGAGGCCGUCUCCUCCUUCGACAAACCCCAAAAUCGACCAACCCUAGAAAAUCUCAAUUCCCCAAUCCCCGCCCCCAAAUUCGAUCCGAGAUCGGCCUCCGACACCGAUUCGGACGGCUCCCCUUCUAGUUACGUGAUGCAGCCGAUCACCAAGGCCUCCGUCUCCUCAUCGAAGCGCAGUCGUGGCGAGAUUGAGGGGGAUUCGUUGAGCAGCUUUAAGAGCUUGCGAGCUGAGGAGAAGAAAUCGGUUUCCACUCCGGCCGGAGGGGGUGGGGUGGGGUGUAUCAACAGGCUGUGGAGUAAUGAGGAUGAGAUCGCUGUGCUGAAUGGGAUGAUCGAAUUCAAAAUUGCCAAGGGGUCCGGCCCUAGCGCCGAUAUGGGGGCGUUUUACAGCUUUAUAAAGGGGAAAUUGAAGGUGGAUUUCUCGAGGGAUCAGCUGAGGUCUAAGAUUACAAGGAUGAAAAAGAGGUUUUUGAAUGCUUUGAAGAAGGGAGACAAGGGUUCUGACCCUGUCUUCUCGAAGCCUCACGAGGAUAUGGCGUUCGUCCUCUCAAAGAAAAUUUGGGGGAAAAGUGUGGAUGUGAAGAAGAAGCUGGAUGAGGAUGUGGUUGUGGAGCGAGGAGGGGAUGGCGAAGGAGGGGAUUUCUGGUCCAAGUAUCCGAACAUUAAUGCGUCUUUUGAUAAUAUGAAGGCGAGCUUCCCCUCCCUCGUUGCUCCGGUGGCUGGGAUGAGUUUGUUGAAGGAGAGGUUGAGUUUGAUUGGGAAUGUGAAGGCUAAGGAGUUGGAUGAUAAGUGGAAACAGUUGCUUGUGGAGAAGACUGAGCUGGAUUACAAGAUUUUGAUAUUGAUGAAGGAACAGGUUCAAAUGGCUUUGGAUCAGUAAUAGGGUUGGGAAUUGCUAAGUUGAUAUAGAAGGAUGUUUUCGAUAACAAAAAAUGAUAGAUGAUGAAUCAUGACUAGAUUUUUAUGGUAAGAUCUUAAAAUGCACUGAUCAGUAGAUUCAUUAAUCAAUGCUCUGGAUUCGGAAAAUAACUACAAUUGAAUGUUCCUAUUACAUGCUUGGGAAUACAUUUAGAUUUAGUCCCAUUAUAUGCUGAUCUAGACUGGGAGGGAGUUAUUGAAGCAUUUUGUUUGCAGCUGCAUCUUAGUAUUGAUGUUGGGCCACAACUGCCUAGAAGAGACAUCUUUCUUAGUUUACGUUUGGUGGGAGUUUACUGUAUUUAACAUUUAUAUGACCUCUGCCUCAUGCAAAGCUCUCUGCUCUUACUGCUCCUCCCUUAUGCUUGACUAAGCCCACUGCUUGUAUUUGUUUCUUCUCUAGUCUUUGGAUGGGGUUGUUGCAGGGUUGUAUCUGUAGAACUCGACAGCCUUACAUAGUUACAUUGUACGUAUGUCUGAGGGUUAGGUCGUUUUGAGUGAUGUCUCUUUCGUAGAAUGCUUCAAUCCUUCCUAACUCUUAGAGUUCUGCAGUUAAGGCUUGUACUAUAGUUCAUGAGAAAGUUUUCUAUGAUUGUAAUU